UAGAGGAGAAGAAGAAGAGCUUCUGGAAGUGGCCUGCUCUUCACUUUCCUUGCAGUGGAGCUGGAACAUAUGAUCUGGCCGAAGUGGAAGAGAAAUACUGGAUAGAGGCGGGAACGCACUGGAGAGAUAGCGAUGACCAGAGUGUACACGAACACUGCGUACAACCCAAAGACUCCCCCACCAGGUCUGAAGAGAUGCCUGUUAGUGCUGUUGAGAACGAUGGAGGGAGAACGGAGGCAGGGAGAGAGGAAGUCCUCCUCACUACUGAGGAACAGCUCGUGCAGGACAUCCUGGACAAGGGCCACAUUCGCAAUCAAUAUAAAAUUGGACGCAUGCUUGGUGAAGGAGGAUGUGGCAGUGUUUAUGAAGGGACUCGCUGCGAGGAUGGACUUAAGGUGGCUGUGAAAUGUUCAGAGAAGACGCCAGACAUGUCAUAUAUCAGAGUGCCUGGUCAUCCCAAACGUCUGCCAAUGGAGAUUGGCCUGAUGCUCAUGGCCAACAAUGGCCCCAGCGUUUCCCAGAUCAUUAAGCUGCUCGACUGGGAGGAUGACACAGAUCACUACGUGAUAGUCAUGGAGCGACCAGUGCCUUGCGUGGAUUUGUUUACUUAUGUGGAUGAUGAAGAAAGGCUUGACGAGGGGAUUGCAAGAAAUAUUAUGCGGCAGAUCAUUGAUGCCGCUAAAACUUGCUGUGAUCGUGGCGUCUUCCAUCGUGAUAUAAAACUGGAGAACAUCUUGGUGAACCAGGACACCAUGGAGGUCAAAUUAAUUGACUUCGGGUGCGGCGCAGUCAUGAAGAAAUCUGCCUUCAAAUCCUUUAGUGGCACGAAAGAGUACUGUCCACCUGAGUUCAACUUGAAGGGCAGGUACAAAGCAAAGCCAACCACAGUGUGGACACUAGGGUUCAUCUUGUUUGAAAUGCUGUGCGGGGAAUGUCCUACAUCCUACGACCAACACAAGAUCACUGUGAACCUCUGGACCAGACCUGGCUUGUCAAAAGAAUGCUGCCAGAUGAUUUGUGAUUGUCUGCAGCCUGAUCCACAGAGGAGACUCAGUCUGGACAAGAUGCAUCUCCACGACUGGUUUAAGGUACUAAGACUAAGACUAGUUAAGCUUUUUGUUGGUUUAGUUUGAUCAUCAGUCGCCAUGAACUUAAGAUAAUUUUUCUGCAAAAGUGAAGUAUUUAGACAAAUAAUGCCGAUUUAUCUUUUGUUUCAGGUCACAGAGUAAAACACAACCUCAGAAAACAACUCCUGUCAUGGCCAGCCUGUUGUUUUCUGUCUUCAGUCAGCUUUGCGUCUGGUGGACUGACAAGAGUGGCCUUUCCAUCAGUCCACUCUGGCCUUAGUGUAUUGCAGGCCCUUGCCUUGACUUAAAGCAGUCUGGCUGUAUUGCUUGCUUGGGGAUCUGUAAAUAAUAAUUAAUUGUUUAUUUGGAUUUGUUUAUUUAUUAUAAGGAAGUUCGUAAGAACAUUUCUAAGGAAUUUUGUAAG